UUUUUGUAUGGAUUUAGUUUGGCCCUUCUAAAAAAAAUUAAAAUAAAGGAAUUGACCUUCUUAAAUAAUCAUUAAAUUUAUUUAAACAUUUGAAAAAGAGAGCUUAUUAUAGCUUCUAUUUAAUCUACAAGAUCCUCCAUUUACCACCCCCUCUCCUUCCCCUAAAGAAAAAAGUUCAACUUUUUUCUCUCUUCCUCUAAAAAUGGAAAAAGAGAACAAAUUCAAGCUAAAACUCCCUAGAAUCUUCACUUCUUCUUGCAAAACCCAAAAUAUUUCUGAAGUUAUUGAUCAUAAAAAUCCAAUCUUUACCCCUCAAAACACAAUCUUUCUCCACACCCCAUUAAUGGAAGUUUCUCAACUACAAGAAGAAGAAGAAGAUCCUAAUUAUUCCCCUGUAAUUAAAUUUAAACAAAUUCCAUCAUCAUCAUCUUCUUCAAUGAUGUAUUGUAAGCCUAGAUGUCCUGAAACUUUUGACCAAAUGGUUAGAGAAAAUUGCAUUAUCACCGGAAACCCUUUUCCUCGCCGGAAAAUCGCCGGAAAAUACUCACUUUUAUCGCCGGCAGGUGAAUAUUCCGGUGGCCGGAGAUGUCCUCCUGCAUCCCCUGCAACUCCACUGUUUUCUCAAAAAAAGAAGAAAAAGAAGAAGAAAAAGAGAGUAAACAACAAAAAUGAAAAUACCCAUUUGAAGAAUUUGAUGAAAAAUGAAUACCCAAAUAAGUUUAAUCAUUACUCUUCUUCAAAUGAGACUGAUAUUGGUGAUUGGUUUAGUAGUGAUGAUGAAAGAGAAGAAGAUGAAACAGAGACUUUGUUUUCUUUAAAGUCUAUGUCAUUUUCUUCUAAAUCAAUCUCUCUUUCAUCUGAUUCAGACCGGCCUAAGUCAGUCCGGACUCGAACCCGGCCUCGGUCUAGGACUCGUAGACCGAAGCCGGGUUCGAGGUUUAAGAGAGAAAAUGUAGGUGUGGAGGAAGAAGAGGAGGUUGGAAUGGUGCCAUUACAAGGGAAGGUGAAGGAUACAUUUGCAGUAGUGAAGAGUUCAAGUGAUCCUUACAAUGAUUUUAGGACAUCAAUGGUGGAGAUGAUAAUUGAGAAACAAAUAUUUGGAACUAAAGAAUUAGAGGAACUUUUGCAAUGUUUUUUAUCUCUUAAUUCUCCUCAUCAUCAUAGGGUUAUUGUUGAUGUUUUUACUGAGAUUUGGGAUGCACUUUUUUCUUAUUGUUCUUAAUUAUUUCCCUCCAAAAAAAAGUUGUUUUUUUGGAUGUUCAAAUGAGUGAUGAUCAAGUAUUAGUUUGUAAUGUUGUACUAACUAUUUUUAUCAUUAUUGACUGUAUUAAUUCAUGGAGUUUCUUCAGCUUAUCA